AUGUUCCGCAACCAAUAUGAUCACGAUGUCAGCAUUUGGAGUCCUCAAGGAAGACUUUAUCAAAUUGAAUACGCCAUGGAAGCAGUAAAACAAGGAGCAGCGACCGUCGCUCUUAAAUCAAAAACUCAUGUUGUUCUCUGUGCGUUGAAACGUGCACCAUCAGAAUUAUCGGCACAUCAAAAAAAGAUCAUGUUUAUCGAUGAUCAUAUUGGUGUCUCAAUUGCUGGCCUAGCAUCAGAUGCUCGUAUUCUUUGCCGCUUCAUGCGUACUGAAUGUAUUAAUCAUCAAUAUGGUUUCGAUAAACCAAUGCCAGUCACUCGGCUCAUGGACCACGUUAGUAACAAAUGUCAAGUUCCAACUCAACGUUACGGUCGUCGUCCAUUCGGCGUUGGUUUUCUCAUGGCUGGUUAUGAUGAGAAAGGUACGCACUUGUAUCAAUUAUGUCCAUCAGCAAAUUAUUAUUCUUGCAAAUCAAUGGCCAUUGGUGCACGUUCUCAAUCUGCACGUACCUAUCUCGAAAAGAAUCUAGAUAAAUUUGCUGACAGCAAUCAAGAUGAACUAAUUAAACACUGCAUGAGAGCAUUGCGUGAUACAUUACCGAAUGAGGUUGAACUUACGGUUAAGAACUGUGCUGUGGCUGUUGUCGGAAAGGAUACACCAUUUGCUAUCUUAAAUGAUGUACGCGUUGAUACUUAUUUGAAAGCCAUCGAAGGUGACGAACGUGCUCCUCAAGCACAAGAUGACACUUUAGUUACUGGUGAAGAUGACUUACCACCUCCUCCACCUGGUGGCGCUGGUGGAACUGUCGAUCCACGGGUAGUUGUUGCAACGGAACGUAUGGAAUCAUCGAAAACAGUCUUGUACAAUAGGACUAUGUCGGUAUUGGAUACUUUAGCAUCACAAAUUCCUCAGGAAUUGCGUGUUAAACUCAUGCAACACUUCGGCAUCGCAAAAGAGUAUGAAAAAAAUCCAGAAACCAUAUCAAUUACAUACUAUUGUUUAAUGUACAUUGCUAAUGAAGCAUUUAAACUUCAAAAGGAAAAACAGUUCGUUUCAAACGUUCUCGAUUAUCUCGAAAGUACCAAACGAAACAAUCCACAUGACGAAAUCAUUAAAUCAAUGGCCACCGGCCAAGCAACCAUCGAAGAGUUAAUUACUGUUCUGGUCGGUGAAACCAAUGAAGCCGAAGAUGAAGAAGUUAGAAGUGCAGAACAGUUACGUUUACUUAUGAGAAAACAUUAUACUGUUGGUGGCCUAACAGAUGUUCUAUCUGUUUUUGGACCGGUGAAAGAUGAUUUUGCAACACUAGGUAAAAUCGCUAAAUCACGAGCAGUGGCUAUUUUUCGUGAAUUGAAAAGUGGUGGAGGUGCUGCAGCCAGUGGUGGCGCUGGUUCAUCAGGAAUGAAACCACCUGAACAUAAUACCAGUGCUGGUGCUCGCGCAUCUUCACCUUCGAAACCACCAUCAGCAACAGCAGCAGCACCACAACCACAAAUGCCGCAAGUACCGUCAUACUAUGACCAAAGUGGUAGUCAUAAAAGCGUUCCAUUCGAUACUAUCAGUCAAGCACAGAAACUAUGCCGUUAUGCUAAUUCUGCUCUCGAACAUGAAGAUGUAGCGACUGCAAUAAAAAAUUGUGAAGAAGCUAUCCGAUUACUUCGUCCCUAUAAUAAUUAA